UGGACCAGGAUAUACAGGAACCGUGUUCUCUAAAUUUUGUCAACAGUUACACAUUAAACACAUCACUGGAAUUCCUUACAACCCACAAGGCCAAGGCAUUGUAGAAAGAACACACCGGACUAUCAAAGCUAUGCUUGAAAAAAUAAAAAAGGGGGAGUUAUACCCCAACUCACCUAGGAAUUUACUUAACCAUAUACUUUUUAUAAAAAAUUUUUUAACUCUAGACUCUCAGGGACACUCAGCGGCUGAUCGAUUCUGGCAUCCAAAUAUCAAAGAAAAUUUUGCAUAUGUUAAAUGGAAGGAUCCACAUACUGGCACAUGGCAGGGUCCAGACCCCGUCUUGAUUUGGGGGCGUGGAUCAGUUUGCCUCUAUGACUCAAUCAAUGAGGCCGCUAGGUGGCUGCCGGAAAGACUGGUAAAACAAGUAAAUCACAGCAUAUCAACACAUGAAAAUGAGAAAAUAGAUCACUCUGAAGUCCAGGGAGAUCCUUCUCCCUGAGACCUGUUCUUUUUUCUCUUACAGGAAACGUGAAUUCCUGGUGAAUGGCCAUGUAUCUGCUGCUGUUCCUUCUUGGAUCGACCUCAACAACCCUCGCGGGUCUUGGUGACCCCCAUAACACUAGAGCCCUUAUCCAGAGACAGACAGGGAACCCAUGCGAUGGCUAUGCUGGGACCUAUAGUACCAUACCUGAUUGGGUUCGAGGCCCAGAUGGAGUGCUUCGGCACCCUAUUUUAUCCACCAUAAAUUGUGGGUCAAAAACAGCUUAUCAACUACUCUUUACUUCAGGAUCUAACAGCCGUAGUAUAAACUAUUUUUGUGUGCCUAAACCACAGAUUAUUCCUGUUACCAACGGACGCCCUGGGUCUUGCCCCAGCGCGUGUUCCAUGUAUUUAGAAUCUGUGCAUGCUUCCUGCUACUCUAGUUAUCAGCAGUGUACAGGCCCUAAUAAUAAAACUUAUUUCACUGCCACCAUUAUAGGUGCCCAUGGGGGUAGCAGUAGCAGUAAUUCUAUGACCCUCCCGUGCCCAUCCAGUGCUAUUGCUUGCUGGAACACUCGAGCCCCUGUGCAUGUUUCAGAUGUGGGCGGUCCUCAGGACCAAAUCAGGGAGCACCUUGUAAACAAAAUUGAGAAAAUAAUUCAGGAAACUUAUCCCUACUUACAAUACCACCCACUUCUCAAGCCAACACGUCAUGGCCCCCAAACAGUUGAAUCGGUGGUAAAUGAUCUCCUUGUCUCUUCGCAUAAAUUAUUGAACCUCUCCAAUCCUGAUCUUGCAGCUGAUUGCUGGAUAUGCAUUAAACAAGGGCCCCCGGUCCCAGAUGCUAUUUAUGUCGAGCCCAAUGAAUCUGGCAGCCCAGCGGCUUGUGUACCCACCCCUCCAUUCUAUGUUAAUACCCCAUAUCGCCUUGACCUUAUCUCAGAAAAUAUUACUUGCUAUUACAAACCCUUUCUCAAUGAGACCGAUAGUAUUGAUGUAGGUUAUCAACCAUUUUGUAAAUACUUUCUUAAUGUCUCUACUGCCAUCUGUCCCAGUAAUAACACAGUCCUGGUGUGUGGCAAUAAUUUGGCAUACACGUACCUGCCCCAAAACUGGACUGGAGCCUGCUUGCCCGCCCUCCUCUUUCCAAGUGUGAUGAUUAUUAAGGGAGACACCCCAGUUCCUGUUUCUACCUUGGAACAUAUAGCCGGCAGACCCAAGAGAGCAAUCCAACUUCUUCCCUUAUUGGUAACCUUAGGUGUGACUGCUGCCUUAGGCACUGGGACUGCUGGCAUGGGUGUGGCCAUUCACAGUUAUAGGGAAAUAUCUAGACAACUAAUAGAAGAUGUUCAGGUGCUCGCCACUUCCAUACAAGAAGUCCAAGAUCAGCUAGACUCCCUAGCAGAGGUUGUCCUGCAAAAUAGAAGGGGUCUAAAUCUGUUAACCACAGAACAGGGAGGUAUUUGUCUUGCCCUAGGUGAGAAUUGCUGCUUCUACGCCAACAAGUCCGGAAUUGUCAGAGACCGCAUAAAGAAGUUACAGGACGACCUGGAAGCACGACGACGCCAGCUUGCCGAAAACCUGCUAUGGACCGGGCUUGGGGGAUUCCUGCCUUACCUUCUUCCCAUCCUUGGCCCCCUCGUCGGCUUGCGUGUUCUUUUAUCGCUGGGGCCCUACCUUUUUAACAGGCUAACGGCUUUUGUAAAGCAACAGAUUGAUGCCCUACAAGCUAAACCUAUUCAGGUUCACUACCACCGGCUUGACCUCAUGGACAAUAUCCAUGAGGAAUGUUUAGAGUACUGAGGCAAAAUAUUCUUGUGUUCCCCCAGUCAGGAUGGAUGCCACUACAAACCUUGUGGAAGAACCCAUUGUCUACCACCUCUUAAGGCACGUUGCGCUUGUUGUUCCCCCUGUUUUGAGGAUAAUUCAGACAAAGUGAGUAGGACGGUGAGUCAGUGACGGAAGGUAUGGGUAAGUCUGAGCCGCCUAAACCAGGGUGGCCUCGCUUGGAGGAGGUCAUUCCAAUGACGGGUAAGGCUCAGCACCACGCUUCUAUCAGGCCCGGACUCCGUUUGUCUUUCCUCAUGAAAAAAUAAAAAAGGGGGAGAUGUAGGGGGCUGGAGGUCCCCUGGGCCAUUUUGUGAGGUAUUUCGCCAAGAGGCAGGUCUGUGUAACAUAUUUUGUGCUGGGAUUUUCCAGCACCCUAAGGUACUUCCUCAUUCUGUGGCUGUUUUUACAUCCCGACUCAGGAGGGGAGUUUCGCCAUACGACCUCCAGUGCUUUUCCAUCUCCCCACCCCCAGGCUCCCCUAUCAUUGCCCUAGCCAAUCAUAGUUAGUUGUGUACUUUCAAUUUGUAUAUACCACCCCUCUUUCUGCAUACUAUAUAUAUCUCUGUAAAACACUCAGUAAACGGACUUGAUCAGCAA